AAGAAGAAGAAAACGAAUGAGGUUAUGACAAUAUUUUGACAGAUGACAUACAAGCCAAAGGCCUUUGAGCAUAUAAACAAAAUGGAAAACGAUAAAAAUGCUAAUAAAUCCAAUAAUAUAGAAAUCAUAGAGAUAAAUUUAGUAGAAUCUAAUGAAAACAAGGAAGAUUCUGCAGUACCAAAAACAGCAAAGGAUUUGUUUUCGGAUUUUAAAGCUUCUGAUGAAUCUGAUUUUGAACCAAAUGAGAAUGAAGCAACAGAUUCGGAUUCAGAUGAGCCCCUGUCGAAAAGGAUGAAAACAAAAAAGAAAGCAGAGUUGAAAAAAAAGAUCAAAGAAGAGGAUCCUCUUAAAAAAAAGAAAAGUUAUACCCAAAAAUAUAAGAAGGAAUGGGAGAGCAUACCUACAGUUAAACCUUGGAUAUCGGAGAGUAUACAUGGGCCUCAUUAUUUUUACUGCAGAUUCUGCAAAAAGGACUACAAAUGUGGUAAAACGGAGAUAUUCAAACAUAUGAGUGCCAUGAAACAUAAAAAGCAUCUGAGUAGUACCAACCAAUCAGUACAGAAUAAAUUCAUGUUCAGAGGCUUAUUAUGUCCCACUAUUACGCCGUUCGUUAAAAGCAGAGGGAAAGAAGUCAAUUUUAAAUUAAUUGGACCAUAUGCAAAGUUCUUGAAAGCCUGUGGUGUGAAAGGAAUAUUAUUGAACGAUGUAGCUGGUGAAGGUAUGUCUUUGACUACUGACGAGAGGAAACAACUCUUGGAGUAUUGGUACGAUAUUUGCAAAGAAAAAAACCAGUUUCUCAUGGUUCAAGUUGGUGGAGCACCAUUGAAGUGUGUCAUUGAUAUGGCAAUGCAUGCAGAAAAACUCAAAGUAGGGGCCAUUGUUCUCAUGCCGGAUCUGUACCAUCGGCCAAAAAAUCAUUUGGAUCUUAUCCGAUAUAUAAAAAUUAUAUCAGAUUAUACACAUAAAAUUCCAAUACUUUAUCACCAUUAUCCGAAGUACACGCAAUUAUAUAACAUUGAUAUGACUGCGUUUCUGUUGGACAUAACAGGAGAAAUAGAAUCAUUUGUAGGUGUGAUAUAUAGUACAAACGAUCUACAGGACGGUUUAACUGCCCUUACCCUAAAUCCUGAGAAGUAUGUCGUCUUCAUGGGAACUGAUGAGGUAAUGUUGGGUGCUGUAGCUAGUGGGUUCACCUGCAUAAUGGGAAACAGUAUUAACAUUCUGCCGAAAUUGGCGGAAUCAAUAUGUCAGUGCAUCAAAGAUGGAGAAAUUAAGAGUGCCCAAGCGUCUCAGAAUCUGUUGAAAAAAGCUGUUGACAAUAUAUAUUGCAAUGGUGACAUGGUUGCUACUUUGAAGGCGGCUAUCAGUAUCAUGACCAACUUACCGGUAGAAACUGUGAGGGAACCUCUUCAGACAUUGUGGGAUGGAACCAUAACAAAAAUGAGAAAUAAGUUGCAUGAAAUUGGUAUAAUAUAAGCUCUUUUCAGUGUGGAUAGUAUCGCCAUCUAAUUUAUCGAGUAUUAGUGUAAUGUGCAGAUGAUUUUUAUACUUUUAACUUUGGGAUGUAAUGAGAUGUCUGCAAAAUUUUGUAAAUAAAUUAAAUAUACAAAUUUGAUUCUU